AUGUUUUUCACCGGUGAUGAUGACGAGCUAGACUCCAAGGCGUGCACUCGUUCUACAAUCCGAGAUUCCAGGUCAACAUGGGAGUCUCCUCUCACAUUCGAUGACAACAAUCGAAGUGGCGAAGAGGCACUGGGUGCUCGAUUGGAAAUUUACGACCAUUUUGAGAGUAUCAAAGAACAACAUCAAGAGUUGCACGCAUCGAUCCUUUUGGAGCCUGGGUAUAAGAGUCUCGCAGCCUUUGCUUGCAAAUGGUACAACGUCCCAAGCAUAGAAGAUUUGAUUCAUUUUGUCACCGACUCGGAUGGUGUAUAUGAUACGAAUUCCGCGUCUGACAAGACCACUCGACCCUGUCGCCAGGACUUCCAGAUUGCGGUGAUAUGCGCUCUGCGCCUCGAAUAUGACGCCGUCGCCUUGGCUUUUGAUGAAUCUUGGGAUGAAGACGAGCACGAGGUCGAGACUGCAAUAUGGGAUUAUAGCAUGAAAAAGAUUGGCCGGAUCGGAAGCCACAACGUCGUCCUAGCGCUUCUUCCUCAAACGGGAAAGGCUAGCGUGGCUAGCGCAACAGUCGGUCUGCGACUUGUCUACCCCAAAUUGAAGUUGGCCGUCUUGACUGGUAUUUGCAGUGGAGUGCCCAGCCCAGGGACCAACAAGGAAAUUCUUCUUGGGGACGUGAUCAUCAGCAAGAGCAUCGUGCAAUAUGAAGGGGGUCAGUUCGCCCGGAAUCACACUGUCGAAAAUAACCUCGGCCGAACGAACAAAGUCACACGGUUUCUGCUCGCAACCUUUGAGACACACCUUGGGCUGAAUGACCUCCAGCGCCGGACCGCCCAGAUCCUGGCACAGAUCCAGCAGAGGGCUAAAAGUAAUGGACACCGCACUCUAUACAACUGUCCUCCGGCGACAGAGGAUAAACUGUUCGAACCAGUUUACCUACACAGGCACCGUGACCAACGGAUGUGCUCCUGCAACGAGUCAGGUGCCUGCUCAAGCGCACGUAUCACUUCCUGCGAGCAGCUCCAGUGUGAUGUGGGACGUCUUGUUCCACGAGAGCGCCUCGAGAGGAAGAUAAGCCAAGAGAAGGAGGGAUAUACCACCUUAUUACAGGAGCCUCGUAUAUUCUUUGGCCAUAUAGGAUCGGGCGAGGCUGUGAUGAAGUCGGGCGAACAACGCGAUAGGAUCGCUGAAGAGCAUAGUAUCAUAGCUUUCGAGAUGGAAGGAGCGGGUGUGUCGGAAGAGAUCCCAUGUAUCGUCAUCAAGGCUGUUUGUGACUAUGCAGAUAGUCACAUGAAAAAGAAAUGGUAUGCCUUCGCGGCUGCAGCAGCGGCCUCUACGAUGAAGGCAUUUCUUGAGCGCUACCCCCAAACAGAUGCGCCAUCAGCCGCCAGAACAUGGUUCCUUGUCCCAUACUCGGAGAAUCCAGACUUUGUCGGUCGAGGCGAUGUCCUUGAGACCAUCAGGCAGCGUCUCAGACGUAGUCAAAGCCAGACCACCACACCGGGGUCGAGAGUAGCUGUUUACGGCCUCGGCGGUAUUGGAAAGACACAAGCAGCGCUGGCGUACGUGUACUGGCUAAAAGAUGCCCGUCCGGAUGUGUCCGUGUUCUGGGUCCAUGCCAGCAAUGCGCAGCGGUUCCACCAGGCUUUUGCGUCCAUCGCCAAAGAGUGCAAUAUUCCUGGAUGUGACGACCCCAAAGCUGACCUGCUUAUGCUUACCAAGAAAUGGUUGGAGGACAAGGAGCGAAACCAGUGGCUGAUGGUGGUCGACAAUGCCGACGACACGCAGCUCUUCUUUCAUGCAGGGCAUGCGAGCGAUGUAUUGACUGGUACGACAGAAGCAGAAGGCAACUUGGGACGCUACAUACCCGUGUGUGCUCACGGGUCGAUUCUCAUCACUACAAGAGAUAAGCAACUCGGAGCCAGGCUCGCCUUGGGAAAGCCUCCAAUUGAGAUCAGCAGGAUGGCCUACAAUGAAGCAACCCAGCUGCUGCGCUUAAUGCUUGACGACGACACAAUUUCCACGGCGGAGACAUCGCUCCUCUCGGCCAGGCUGGAGCAUCUACCACUAGCACUCGCGCAGGCGGCAUCAUACAUACAAGAAAAUAGCAUGUCGAUCAACGAUUACAUCCGGAUAUUAGAUGAGAGCAACACCGGCUUAGUUGAUUGCUUGAGCGAGCCGUUCGAAGCUAGUGGAAGGGAUUCAGAAACGUCUCAUACACUCACGGCCACGUGGGUAAUUUCGUUUGAACAGAUUGAGCGGCAGCAUCCCUUAGCCAGCGAGGUUCUGUCUUUAAUCAGUCUUUUUGAUUGCCAGGCUAUCCCGAAAGACUUUGUGGUUGAUUAUUGCCGCCGAAGAAAGUCAAAAAUGCCGGAGGCAAACCAAGCAGUAGAGCUGGUUAAGGCCUUCGGCAUUCUGAAAGCGUUUUCCUUCGUCUCAGAAGUGGAUAAUCAGUCUGUGGACAUGCACCGGCUAAUACAGGUAGUUACACGGAAAUGGCUGGUUAGUCGGGGUAGGAUGUCUGAGUUUACGAUGCAGGCGCUCCAGACAGUGUCAUCUGCGUAUCCCUUUGGGCAGCAUGAGACUCGGGAUUUGUGCCUACAGUACCUUCCGCAUGCUAAUGCUGUCCUUGAGAAUGCUAGUGCUGAUCUGGAAGACGGACAAGUAGCAAGGGCGUCUCUUUUGCAUAAUGUAGCAGGAUACUUCUUUUAUCGGGGACAGUGGAAGGAUGCCGAGUUAAGCCAAGCCCAAGCAGUAAAUAUGCGCAAACAAGUGCUUGGAGAUAAGCACCCCGACACGCUGAGCAGCAUGGCCAAUCUUGCGUCGACAUACCGGAACCAAGGCCGGUGGAAGGACGCGGAAGAGCUUUUUGUGCGAGUGAUGGAGACAAGAAAGAGAGUGCUGGGAGAGGAUCACCCCGACACGCUGAGCAGCAUGGCCAAUCUUGCGUCGACAUACCGAAACCAAGGCCGGUGGAAGGAGUCCGAGGAGCUAGAAGUACAAGUACUAGACACUAGUUCGACGGUACUUGGAGAGAAUCAUCCCAAUACCUUAAGAAGUAUGACCAGUCUUGCAUUAACGUACCAAGAUCAAGGCCGGUGGAAAGAGGCGGAAGAGCUAUUUAUGCAAGUGAUAGAUGCAAGUUCAGUAAUACUUGGAGAGGAACACCCCGAUAUGUUGAGAACUAAGACCAGUCUUGCAUCAACAUACCAGAUUCAAGGACGGUGGAAAGAAGCGGAAGAGCUGUUACUGCGAGUGGUGGAGACAAGUUCGGCGGUAUUAGGAGAGGACCAUCCCUCUACACUGAGCAGUAUGGCUAAUCUCGCCUCGACAUACUCGAACCAAGGCCGGUGGAAGGACGCGGAAGAGCUUUUUGUGCGAGUGAUGGAGACAAGAAAGAGAGUGCUGGGAGAGGAUCACCCCGACACGUUGAGCAGCAUGAACAAUCUUGCAAACACCUGGAAGAGCCAAGGCCGCUCUGAAGACGCGGUACAACUAAUGCGAGAUUGUGUUCUCCGCCAACAAAAGUUGCUCGGCUCCCACCAUCCGGAUGCAGAAUCAUCCUUAUCAACUCUGAUGGAGUGGGAAGAAAGCAGCCAAGCCGAGACCAGCUGA